CCCGAUGGUCCAACGUUUACCCGUUGUGGAUCCAAGUUACUUGACCAACGAGAAAGCGCCCACCAGGCGGGAACAGGCUCCAACUCGCGCCCAGAUGGCCAAACGUGUACCCGUUGCGGAGCCAGCUCAAAUAAAGCCACCCACCCCCCGGACCUCAGUGAGCGCGGCCCGACCAGAGCCGUCGCCCCCGUAUGUGCCCAGCGAGGAAAAACCGAAAGUCGAGAAACGAGUCAUAUUCGGACGCAAGAAAGAAGUGGAUGCGAGCGCGGAAAAUCUGCCAACACCGCAACAUGGUAGACGCAAGUUCCAUAAGCCAAUACAACCAAACAGGAUGAAACAGUCGCGGAUUUUCUAUUCCAGCGACGAUGAGGUGCGCGAUGCUCUCAUGGAAUUUGGAGUGUUCCUAAUCUUUCUAGUGCUAACAUCACUUGUGGCUCUAUCGGUGCGACAGCCGUACAUGUACUACCUGAACACCACCAUAAAGCAACUGUUUAGCGUACGCGAAAUGGUUGUGGAGCCCACGGUGACCAUUUCGUUUGAGAAAAUUCUCACCGUGUCCGAUUGGUGGGACUAUUUGGAGUUUAACUUUUUGGUAACGCUGCACGGUGGUACGACCAUUGCCCUGGACGAUGGUACGACGGCCGUCACAAACACAACCGAAGUCGAGGAUGAUGAUGAUGAUAAUGAUGGUACAAACACAACCUCCCAAACCGAUGGCAACAGCACGGACCCGCAACGGUUUAGGCUCAGCGAAGAUCGCUUGUUUAUGGAGGAUGGAUAUGUGGAGAUCGAUGACGAGGAUGACGCCGAUGAUGACGAUGGCACAGGGGACAGAAGUAUUCGAGCCAUCGGUGAGCGCGAGUUCGAUGAUAUCGGCGACGACAGCGCAGCAGUUGGAAAGUUGCACGCAAGAAAAGGGGGUGGUGGAGGCGGUGGCGGUGGCGGGGCAGGUGGUUUUGGCGGCGGUUUUACCGAUUUAUUGGGCAACGACACCAGGUGGGUCACCCAUCUCAAGGGACGCGUCUUUCUGCACGAGAACCUCAUGCUGGGCCCGCCGCGCAUCCGGCAGAUACGCGUCCGCAAGGGCAGCUGCUACGUGAACGAUGCCUUCAUACGGUACUUCAACACCUGCUAUGCCCCGUACUCGAAGACCACGGAAGAGACCGGCGGCACGCACAAGUCCACCGACUUUAUGACGAUGCACGAUCUGGAUGCCACGCCCAUCUGGACGCUGCUCAACCUGUAUCGCUCCGGCGGGUACACCGUCGAUCUGAGCUACGAGAAGGAUGCGAACAUGAAGAAGAUCAGGGAGCUGAAGAAUCUCAAUUGGGUGGAUCGCGGUGCGCGACUGUGCGUGAUCGAGUUCAGCAUGUACAACGAGAAUACGGACAUCUUUCAGAGUGCCAAAUUCAUAGCGGAAAUCCCACCGACGGGCUGCAUCAUACCGCAGACGCACCUGUGCACGGUGCGCGAAUAUUCGUUCUUCACGGAGCGCAACCUCUUCAAAAUGGUCUGCUUUAUCUUCUGGUAUGUGAUGGUCGUUUACUACACCAUCUUCGAGACGAAUGAACUGCGCAAGACGGGCUUCAAAAUCUACUACAGAUCAUUGUUAAAUGUGCUCGAUGGCAUCGUUUUGUUGUUUUGCUAUUUGGCUUUUGUCUACAAUAUUUGGCACACUUUUCACAUUCAAUCGCUUAUGGCCACACUCCGCAAAAAGGAUGGAUUUCUCAGCAUAGAUUUUCUUUGCUUUUGGAACAACAUCUACGUGGAUAUGAUGGCCCUAUUGGCCUUUCUUGUCUGGAUCAAGAUAUUCAAGUUCAUCAGCUUCAACAAGACACUCGUUCAGUUUACGACAACACUGCGCAGGUGCUACAAAGACUUGGCUGGCUUUAGCCUCAUGUUUGGCAUUGUUUUUCUGGCCUAUGCUCAGCUGGGCCUGCUGCUCUUUGGCACCAAGCAUCCAGACUUUGAUACCUUUACCACCUCCAUUCUGACGAUGGUACGCAUGAUCCUAGGCGACUUUCAGUACAAGCUCAUCGAGCAGGCCAAUCGAGUGCUGGGUCCCAUCUACUUUCUCACCUACAUUCUGCUCAUGUUCUUCAUAUUGUUGAACAUGUUCCUGGCCAUCAUAAUGGAGACGUACAAUUCCGUGAAGAGUGAGAUUACCACGGGACGCAGUCAUUUGGGCUCGUAUGUCUACAGGAAAGUGGGUGUGGCCAUCAACUGGCUCUUCUAUUGCUGUCUGCGGCGUCGCAUCCAGCGUCGUGAGCAUGAUGCUGCAUUAGCCGCAGAGGCGGAGGAAGCAAAGCACCCUUUUUUCCACGGUCCACCACGUUUUGAAGAUGGUCAACCAGAUCUCGAAGAGAAGGAGCUGUACCAGCUGAAAAAUCGCGUAAUGCGGCUUGAGGAUAUUCUGGAGCAACUGGUUAACCAUAUGGAUAUUGUCAAGAAACACGUGGAUAGAGGCCACUUCAAAAAGAAAAAGAAGGCCAGUCAAUAAAAUAAAAUAUUAACCAGAAAUCUAUAGAAAUAUAAAU